CAGGGACCAUAAUUAAAAACUUCGGCCCAACACCGCCUUCAUUGUUCUUCUCUUCUUCGCUCAUCGGUGAUCCCGAGCUCGAGCUACAUCGAUGGCGCUCCUCCCGCGCACCGCCCGCCUCGCAGCGCUCUCCUCCCAGCGCUUGGCGGCGAUCCCUGCGGCCCUCCCUUAUUCAUCCUCGACCUCGCCAUCUCCGACGCCAUACGCACGCCCAGCCCCGCCCGCCACCAGCUCCCCGGCAGGCCUCUCCAAGGCGGCGGAGUACGUGAUCUCGAAGGUGGACGACCUUCUUAAUUGGGCUCGCCGCGGUUCCAUCUGGCCGAUGACCUUCGGCCUCGCCUGCUGCGCUGUGGAGAUGAUGCACACCGGAGCUGCGCGGUAUGAUUUUGAUCGAUUUGGGGUUAUAUUCCGUCCUAGCCCUCGUCAAUCGGAUUGUAUGAUUGUUGCUGGAACUCUCACCAACAAGAUGGCCCCCGCUCUGCGCAAAGUGUAUGACCAAAUGCCUGAACCCCGCUGGGUUAUUUCCAUGGGUAGUUGUGCAAACGGUGGUGGGUACUACCACUACUCAUACUCUGUGGUUCGUGGUUGUGAUCGGAUUGUUCCAGUUGACAUCUAUGUCCCUGGAUGUCCACCUACGGCUGAGGCAUUACUCUAUGGUGUUCUCCAGCUCCAGAAGAAGAUUAAUCGGCGCAAGGAUUUCCUCCUAUGGUGGACCAAGUGAAGCUUUGAAUUAGUCUCCAGUGGCCAAAUGAUAUCCUUAUGUGUUUCUUUUGUCUUCUUCAACUAAUAAGAGAGAACGUGUGUCUUUGUUAUUUGUGUUGGUGCUUAUCAUGGCUAGUAAACCUGGUGUAUUCCUGGAAAUUUGUAAUGAUUAUCAGAUGAAAACAAUGUUUCUGGAAAUUUGUAAUGACUAUCUGAUCAAACCAAUGUUUCUCUUUACCUUGUUUA